CCCGGUGGGAGGUGGCAGCGGCCGGGCCGCGGCCCGCCCGCCGGCCCGCCCUGAGCCGCCAUGGGGCCGGAUCCGGGCUGGGCCGCGCUGGUGCUGCUCUUCGCCGCCUCGCUGCUCACCGUCGCGGCCUGGCUGCUGCAGUACUGGCGGUCGGCGGGCCCGCGGGCGGGGCGGCGGCGCGGGGCGGCGGCGGAGGAGGCCGGGGCCCGGGCGCUGCUCGCCGCGCUGCUCGCCCUCCGGUCCCUGCGGGAGCAGUGGCAGCGGGCCUGGGUGCGAGCCCUCAACGGCCAGGCGCGCCGGCACGGGAGUUCAGUGCAGAUCACAUUUGAAGAGGGUCCUCAGUUACCACCAACUGCAAAUAUAAGUUGUGUGACGUGCAAGGGACAGUCAGACCACAGCAUGGUGCUAUACUGCCGUCUGUCUGCUGAAGGUGUGAAAUUCCCUGUCUCUGUUACUCAGCAGUCCCCAGUUGCUGUUUCUGUGGACACCUAUCAUGUCACUUUGGCUGUGCUGCAGGCUCAGGUGGAGAUCAACUUGGAGGAGAUACAGAAUGAAGGUCUCCUGGUGUCGUGGACGUUCAAGGACAGACCAGACUUGAAUCUUUCAGUUGUUCCGAGACUUCAGCUUCGCGAGAAUGAAGGGAGAGCGGAUCUGUCCACCAUAAAAGAUCUGAUCGAGGAUACCAUUGUCAGCACGCAGCCAGCCAUGAUGGUGAACCUGAAGGCCUGCACCGCUGGAGCCGGUGCGGUACCCAGCAAUAAGUUGACUCGAGAGUCCCCGUCCGGAGUAGCAGCAGCCCCUCUGGGUUCUAAGCUGUUGCUCCGGAAUCUUCGAGUGCUGAACUUGGGCUGCCAGGGGAAGGGAGGACCGGGGGAGAUACGCUGCGUGGCAGAGCUAGACAGCCCCCCGCAGCAGAAGCGGACGAGGCCAGUGACAGCUGGCAGUGCCGGUGCUGCAGCGGAGGUGGAGUGGAAUGAGGAGCUCUUUCUGGAGUUGGGACCUAGAAGUAAAGAGCUGAAGCUACAGGUGCUGAGGAACAACGACGGAGGGGGAAAUGUGCUGCUGGCACAUGCCACACUUUUACUUGAUUCUGUGGGCAAACAACCAUCCGGGAGACAGGUCUGCUCACUGGCCCCAGCGGCUGGGCGGUCGCUGGCAGCUGAAGCUACUAUUAUAUUAGAGCUGCUGUUCCAGGAGUCUUCUGCAUCUUUGAAUGCUCAGCACGCCACGUCUCUGCGAACCAGCAUCACCCCCACUAAGAAGGUGGAGAUGGACCGGACCAUCAUGCCCGAUGGCACCAUCGUGACUACUGUCACCACGAUUCAGUCCCGGCCCAAGGCAGACUGCAAACUGGAUUCACCAUCGAGGUCGCCUUCCAAGGUGGAAGUGACUGAAAAGAAGACAACAGUGCUUUUGGAGAGCGGCUGCCCUCGCGGACCCUUGCCCAGCGGUAGCCGGGAUAGCCAUAUGCCCAAUGGCUUGGAUCCGGUGGCCGAGACGGCGAUCAGACAGCUGACUGAGACGAAUAACAAGCCCGCCAAGAAGACCCCAACAAAACGUAGCACACUGAUCAUCUCAGGAGUUUCCAAGGUACCUAUCGCUCAAGAUGAAAUGGCACUUUCUCUGGGUUAUGCUGCGUCCCUGGAGGCCACAGCGUAUGGGGACUCUGCAGCAGAGCGUGCAGCUGACCAGAUGCACGAUUCUACUGAAUCAUCACAGCUGCUGGAAGCGUCGCCAUCAGGACAAAGGGCCAGUCAGGAGCUGGAUGAGACAACGCGAUCGGACAUCUCUGAGAGACCAUCGGUGGAAGACGUUGAGUCUGAAACUGGCUCCACAGGAGCCCUUGAGACCAGGAGCUUGAAAGAUCACAAAGUUAGCUUUCUUCGGAGUGGCACCAAGCUCAUCUUCCGGAGAAGAAGCAAGCAGAAGGAAGCGGGCCUGAGCCAGUCACACGAUGACUUGUCCAACGUCACCGCCAACUCCACCACCAGGAAGAAAGCUGGCAGCUUCUCCCGCCGCCUCAUCAAGCGCUUCUCCUUCAAGUCUAAAUCCAAACCCAAAGCUAGCGACAGCACAACGGCAGGUGAGAAUUGAAGGAGGGAGAAGCCUGUUGGAAAGACUGCACAGAGAUCCUUUUCUAGUCUCGUCUUCCCACUCCGUGGUAUCUGUGACCGCAGUCCAGUUCCUUCCAACCUUGGCUGAGGGAAGACACCCCAGUGCUUUACGCCAUUUGGGGAGCGGAGGUGGCGAACCCAGGCUUAGGCUGCUUGUCUGCCUUGGCUUAGCCUUCUCCGACUGUCCUACCCCACCGCACUCUCCCAGAAAAUCCAGGUGGCAUGCUAAUCCCUGCGGGGGUCCCAGGAGCUGCGGAAGCAACUCUGCCUGCGUAGCUGUCUGGCAUCACCGGGUGCAUUCUGGAAAAGCAGGGCGGGGGGCCUCUCAAGUGGCAACCCUCGGAGCUAAAGAUCGAGAAACGACUGGGUUGGCUACAUUGCCGAGAAAUGUGGGGUGUAGCCUCGCUCAGCUCGUUAGCGAGAGUGGGUGAUGCGGUCACUGGCCGCCUAAAUGCCCUCAUUGCUUCUGCUUGGUGCAGAGGCUGUAACCUGACCGAGGUGCGGUGUGGUGUGGGGCGAAGCGUUCCUGGGCUUUGAGCUGUCAGGAGAACAAGCUGUGGUUCUCCACCUGGCUCUGCCACUGGAACAGUCUCCGUUUCGGACAGUGCUGGGGGAUGCCUGCUUUCUGUGUAUACUCGUGAAGGAAGGAGUCUCUAAGAAGAAGGAAAUUUUAACCACUGGACGAGUUUUGGUAGAAGCCCGGGCCCUUGCAAGAGCGUCUGGUUGGUGCUGUCAUGGCCGCAGCCCUCCUCCUGCAUCCGCGUUCUUGAGCGGCGAAGGGGCCGUGCUGCACGCCUGCACCAGCUCUUGUACGAGCAGAACCCUUUCCCUCGGGGGCGGUUGGGGGUGCUGCUGGCAGGGUGCCAGGCGGUAUUCCAGGCCUACGGAGCGCCUGGCCUCUCACAGUAAGGACAGCAGGGAAUGGGGUGAUGCUAGUGAAAGGGCAGUCUGACGUGGAGCCUGAAGCCACGUGGUGGAGAGAGGCAAGAAUUUAUACGCUUUCACUGAUGGAAAGGGUUUCCUGGAGCAGAAGGAACCUUUCUUGAUUGCAUCUGGUGCUCCCUUUCUUCUAGCAAACCUGACCCACCAUGUUCAAACAGUAGGCAUUUCUGCAGCUGGUACUUGCGUCGGGGGAGAUGUGCAGGGGGAAAUCGACUCCUUGCGCAGGAGACUGGCCUUCUAGAUGAAGGGUUUCCUGAUCUCGUGACACGUGCACACUGCAGAUAUCCCCAGGGCCCCCGUUUGGAUAGUGUAACGACGCUCUCUGGAGAAACACUCGUGCCCUGUCAAUGCGCCUGGUUUGAACGGAAGCUCCUGCUCUCCUGUGGGUGGUAGAGUUGAGGAGACAGGGCAAAGGGGAGGAAAAACCCCACUGAAGAGCAAUCGCCUGGGCCUGGCUGGAUUCACCAGCUCUGCUCUCCCGUUACAGUACCUCCCGAGGUGGGGACUGUUGCCCCACCUUACGCAGGACGUGACCAACUGAAAAAGCAGCUGUUCUCUUAACGGUGCGCAUAAAACAAUGUGUCGUGUUCUUCAGAAGGAGAAAUCCUGGCUUACUGAUAACGGCCAUCGCGUGCCGUUUCCAAAGACCAGAAUGUGUUUGGUAUGCCGCUGUGAAAGGAUUCACAGGUGGGAAUUUCAGGGCAUCUGUUCAAAGUGUCUGGUGGUAGGAAAGGCCAGAGUCCCCUGGGGCUUGGAUUGAAAGUGCCGGUGCUUGCCAGCAGGAGGGAUUCUUCCCUGUUUUUCCUGCUGAUUCCCCACGAGGUUGGGCAUGUGUGAGCAAUCGGACUGGUCCAGCUGGCUGACCAGGAACCUCUUCUUCAUCUGUUUGGUUUGGUCCGGGCGUCUUUCUGUCAUCCCUGAGCUCUUCCACGUCUCUUUGUUUCUUUCCCAGCCCACGCGGUACUGUGGCUGUGUUUGCAGCUCCAUGCACCGUUUCUCACUGAAAAUAAUUUUCCUCAAUGCGAGCGACUGGUUCCAUGCUGCAUCGCUGGUGGAAGCUGGCAAUCUGGAGCUCGCCUCUGGCGAUGCGGCUGCCAGUCCUUCCUUUGCUGGGUCCGUGCGGCGUCACACGCGGUGCUGGCCUUCGCAGGCACGCGCUUGUUCCCAGAGCCUCAGGGUUUGGUUCCCGUUUGUCAUUCUCUCUGGCACCGUCCCUGCUACGACUCUGCCUCUGUCGCUAACAGUACUUGACGCUCCGUUUUUGCUUUUUCUUUAUUCUUUUUCAAGACCGUGUCAAAGUUGCUUUGAAUGAGGAGUGCUGGCUGAGCCCAGACAGCACCCCUUCUCUAGUGGGAUUGCUGUGAAACCUUGCAUUAGAAGCGUGCGUUUGAAGGGAAAGGAACUUUCAGAAGAGCCAGCAGCUCUUUAGUUGUGGGUUUACCACAGGACCUUCCAUGAGUCUCGUUCAAUAGUCCUGUAUUCUUUAAGCCGCAAAAGCAGCUCGAGCUGUCUCGGUGCGGAGCAGCUGGAGGUGAAUGCCCGAGGCUCCCACCCGCGCUUCUGAAGCGUGAAUCUGGAGCUCGUGUACACGAGGAGGGCUGCGAGGGCUAGCACGCAAUGUCCUCGUCGCUGUAGACAGGAGGUGGAAAAGGUGAGUGAGGUUUGUGUCCGACAAACACGUAUCUAGACUUCCACCUGAAUAUUUUGGCCUGGCUCGAAGGAAGGAGGCAAUAGGAAAGCUAGGAGUAAAACCAAAACUUGAGUUCCUCACCGGCCUUGGAGUCCAAGGAUUCCUUUCUAGCCAUGUUAAAUGGGCAAUUCCUGCCAUGUGUCUGUAUGGAAAGAAAAGAAAUGUCUUUUGUAUUUAAUCCCUGCCUGUGCUUCUGGCUUUAGGACAGAAGAAAUGCUAUUUGAAACUUGCUUUUCCCUGUUUAACUUCUGGAUACCCAUGCCUUCACCUCGGUGCCCUUGCGGGGUCUGUGGCAUUUCAUUAUGCCCGGCACCACGGAGCAACCCCAGCGCGCGGUGCGGGCCACCAGAUAACGUUUUAAGCUUGAAUGGUCCGCAGUUGCCAGGUUGUUGUCUCAGGGUAGGCUCAAUAUUUGCACCUUGUGAAAUCAGUUCUUUACCGAGUAUGUGGGGGAAGAGGAGCGGCAGAGCAGCGGGCUUGAACGCACGGAGGCUUCUGACGGAGUUCAACCCUGGUUAUGAGGGCCUGCGUUCCAAAUGCUGCGUUUCGCUGCCGGCUAUACAAGUAGAAAUGGUGACUGGUAAAUGAAGCCAAAGUAUGUAUUUUUGGGGGUUGUGGGGUUUUGGUGGGUUUUUUUUUUGUUUGUUUGUUUUCUAUUUUGGCUGAACAGAGUUACUAGAACUUACCUAUUCUGUGUAUUUUUACUUCUCUGAAGAAAAUAGAUUUCUCUAGCUGUAAGUAUGCCUGUAAGUAUAUUUCUGUCUGGAUACAUCCUCUCCCCAUGUUUUGGUAAGGCUUUUUAAGAGCCUGCCCAUCGAAGCAUCGGCCCAUGAGGGUUAUCCUCUCGAGGCGAGAGAAAACAGGUGUGGGAAGAAAUGGGGGGAACUGCGAAACCUCGGUGUUUUGGGGGUGCCGUGGGCUCCAGCAUGAUGGGUGUCUGACCGAGGCCUGAUACUUGGAGAGGGCACUAGAAGGGCACCUGUUUGAGGGCAGAGGGAUCGCACGCGUGUUUGCAUGCGCUUGGAAUGAGAGUACACUCUGCGAACACCGGGCACACGGCAAAGAGACUGAGGAUGGCAGGGUGGGGCGGGAGAACAGCCUUACCCGCUUCUGUGGUGUCCACAAAAUAUUUCUUACAUGGGCCUCCGCAGGGGCAGACUUGAGCAAGCAAGUCCAGGUUCUGCCCCUGCAAGCACCCUCCUGCUGCGAUGUCGAGUUGGGUUUUCAGUUGAGGAUGGGUUUUUAGGCAGACCGGCUGAAGAGAGGGAGAGCGAGGAGAGCCGAUGUGGCUAGAGAGCUACUCAGAAGACCAUUCAGUGGAGGGGAGCGUAAUGAAAACUUGAAACCCGGUAUAAGAGGGCCACAGGCAUGUGCUGUUCCUAGCCUAGAACUGGGCGCAUGGCAAAGCAUAUGCUUACACUGGUUUUGUUCGGCUUUUUUUGUCUUCAGCGAUGACGCUUCCUUCCUGUGAUGACUUCUCUUGGUUCGUUGUUUGCGAAACCUACAGAGAAGUCAUUUCUGGGUAGCUGUCAAGAUGCUUGAACGUUGGGUGUCUGGCAUUUGCGUGUUUUGGGAUCUUUUGCCUUGUUCUCCCUUCCUUCCCUCCCUCCCCCUAGGUCACGGUGAAUGUCACGAUAGAGUAACAAUCCCAGUGGUGGUCAAACUUCUGGAAAAGGUCUUUGUGUACUUGCAGUAUCACAGCUCCUUCUACAGGCAUGACGGCUCCACGCCACCUUUCCUUGCUCGUACAGGUACUGGACCAAAUACCCAUGCUGAAUUUGAAUUAGCGCCUCUCCUUGUGCGUGCUCUUUUGUACUUUGAUGCCUUUUCUCUGGGUGGAUUAUUUUAACCCCAGAUUGUUUAGAGGGGGAAAAAAAAAAAAAGGAACUGCGUAGCUAUUUAAGAGAUGAGAAUAAUAUGACUUAUUUCGGACUAAAUGAAUGAAGUUCUUGCACCUUUGUAAAUGUUGAAGAAGAAUUCCAUUGCUGUGUAAUGGCUGAACCUGUUAACUUAUUAAACUAUAUGGAAAUCAAAA